CUCCUUUUCUUUGCUGAUGUUGUGCCUGUUACCCAUUUACGGAGGGCAACACCCAGCAGCAGUGAUAAGACCACCCCAGCUCCGCUGUCCGCCUACUACUUAUGCGUCAGAAUCACCAACCGGAAUUACACUGAGUCACUCAAUAAUCAAAACUCUAAGGAGUACAAACAGCUGAGGAAACAGGUGGAGCAGAUGGUAAGAGUCUGUGGGUUUUUACUGCUCAAGUCAGUCCAUAGAUCUUCAACUCAUCACUCAGUCUAUACUCCCAAAAUAACUAUUUGCCCUGGAGAUACUUAAUAGAGCGGGCGCACAUUCAACAAAUAUGAUCUAACAAAGUGGAUAUUCGUCAAAUACGUCAUGAUUGAUGUAUUGUAACAGGCCCACAAUGUGGUUACUAAAGUCUGAUUUUGAUACAUUUGGCUGUUUUCGCUGCAUAACAUUUAGAAGUAGUCACAUUCAGGCUUAGAAGAAGUGACUGCUACAGUAAGUGCUAACUCCCGUUCGUAUAAACCGGUAGCAUAGCUAGCAUACAAUCGGUGGUGGUAGUCAAAGUAAUGUAAUGCAGUUGAUUGGUGAUGAUGACAUGAAAAUGUAUUGGGGUUGACAUCUAUACAAGCAUAAUACACACAUAAACAAUAGCCUAUAUGUAGGCACAUUUUGCUGGUGAGCUUCAGGAUCUUUCCACCACAGCAUCUUUCCCCAACACAUUUCCAUGUCAAGUUCUAUUGACCUCUUUACCGCAUCUAUACCAGGCAACCAUUGCGAGUGUACGUAUGAGUUUACCAGUCAAAUUGCCAGGGUUAGAUGUUCCCAAGCAUGUUCUAUUCAUUCUAUUUCUAUGUCACCAACAUCAUCAGCUCUCCAACACCUAGAAGUGAGAACUAUUUUAACAGUAAACAACAAAACCGAGCCAUCACUACUAGCUCACACUCCAGUUGUCCCACUCCACUACACCAUAGACAAGGAUACUAUAGACACCUCCCUUACAACCUGUUACAAUAUCCUCAAUAUUCAAACAAGUAAAGGUGUGAAGCCAUGCUUUGUAGGCCUGUAGGAUAAUAUUAAAGUGCUCCUCUGAUUGCUGUGUCUUUCUUUUUCAGAUGGAUGACGUCUACAGCACUUUGCCAGACCCUGACAAAUAUAUGGGUGUAUUUGAUAUAAUCUUCAGGUGAGCUCUAAUGUUGAAUUUAAAAUGCAGCCAUUUUAAAAAAAUAGCAUUCUUAAGGAUAUUGACAAUUAUACAUUAGUAUUAUUUUUGACUACUGCUCCCACUCUUGCAGUAAUGGAUCUGUCAUUGCAAACUCGACAUUAAUGUUUGGGACUACAUUAAUGAUCAAUGCAAGUUUGGUUAAAGAUCUAUUUUCCACUCAUAUCCGAUCAAAUAAAUCCAAAAACCCUUGACCUGGACCUCGCCUAUACUGAAGGUAAAGAAGAUGGCAACCUUCUCUACUUCUGUUGUGUAGCAACCUGAUUCAUUUGUAUGUUACAAAUAACCUGUAUUGUAAAUAGCUUAAGAAACUGUUAUUAGUAAAAUAAAGCAGGAAUCACAAAUAUGUUCUUUAUCCCUCAGAUCAACUUCCAAUAAAAGCCAUACUACCUCAUGUAGCACGUACCACAGCAACCGUAACUUCCUCACCACCAUCUGCAGCGACGACUACUACAGCUGCCUUAGUUAGUACGGCUAGCCGUUCAGGAAGGGUCGGGGAUGCAACUACAUCUACAGCAAUGACUUCUUCUGGCAUCAUCACCAGUCUUGCAACAGUUAGUAUCACAAGUAGUCAUACCCUUACAACCACCACCACUAGUCCUGACCAUAACAUUACAAUGAGCAACAUAAGCACCCCUAUUCCUGAAGACCAUAACACUACAAUUAGCAACAUAACCACCCCUAUUCCUGAAGACCAUAACAUUACAAUUAGCAACAUAACCACCCCUAUUCCUGAAGACCAUAACAUUAUAAUUAGCAACAUAAACACCCCUAAUCCUGGGGACCAUAACAUAACAAUUAGCAACAUAACCACCCCUAUUCCUGAAGACCAUAACAUUACAAUUAGCAACAUAACCACCCCUGGUCCUGAAGACCACAACAUUACAAUUAGCAACGUAACCACCCCUAAUCCUGAAGACCAUAACAUUACAAUUAGCAACAAAACCACCCCUGGUCCUGAAGACCACAACAUUACAAUUAGCAACGUAACCACCCCUAAUCCUGAAGACCAUAACAUUACAAUUAGCAACAAAACCACCCCUGGUCCUGAAGACCACAACAUUACAAUUAGCAACGUAACCACCCCUAAUCCUGGGGACCAUAACAUAACAAUUAGCAACAAAACCACCCCUGGUCCUGAAGACCACAACAUUACAAUUAGCAACGUAACCACCCAUAAUCCUGGGGACCAUAACAUAACAAUUAGCCAUAUAACCACCCCUAUUCCUGGAGACCAUAACAAUACAAUUAGCAAUACAACCACCCCUAUUACGCCUAAAAAUCCUCCCCAGGCCAGUAGCACGACUGUCUUUCGUAAAACCUCUCUAUCAACAACUACCUCUGGGCCAAUCUAACCCCCAAGUUGCCCCUACUGAGAGAGCAACAAGCACGCAUCAGGCUGCCACGGGACAAACGACCAGUCAUAAGACCACCGAGAAUGCUGCAGCUGUAGUUGCUGGGGGCGGGGAUGGGGUCCCAGGAUGGGGGAUCGCUCUAUUGGUACUGGCUGCCCUGAUCUUGUUAAUCCUCCUUAUUCUCCUAAUACUGCUGGUGAGUACAAACACACACAGACACACGCAUGCACACUGUUUCUCCCUAAAUGCAUUGUAGACCUCAAUUUUCUCAGAAACAGUCACAACCCUGCUAUAACAGUUACAGUAUCAUAUCAUCAUGCUAAGGAGGCCAUUUUAGAAGUACUAUGAUUCUUGUAUUUUCUUGACCUUCAGCUAGUGUGGUUGUGCUGUAGGCAGAGAUACGGAAGCUUCAGCCCAUAUGACCAGAUCAACCACGGGGCAAACAUCCAAAUGUACUCCACACACAGCCGCUUCGACGUGCCCAACGGCAAGCCUAAUGUAAGUCCUAUGUCUUAGUAGAGAGGCCAGAUAGACACACACACAGGCUCAGAUUCUGUAUCCAGCAGGUUGGCUAUGGUUACUAAGACUGGCCGCUCUGCCUCAGUGUUAGAUAAACGUCUCUUUGUGCCCUUCUGGCUUUGACCAGGGAAACCUGAGGCGUGGGAAACACUAGCCUUCCCCUCUAUCCUCUUAGCCUAACUACCCCUGUAGCUUCGAGAGAAGGGUCCCAAGCCAUACUCCUCCCCCCAAGCCACAUAUAUUCAUUGAUGCACCAAGUUGCUUAUCUCCGAAAUCAAACCCCCACAUAAGCAGAUGUUCUUGGUUGACCAGACAACCAAUUAAACGCAAUCAUCUGUGAGCUGUAAAUGUAUAGCUUUAAUCCUGCCUUGGGGUACAUAUGAGGGAUGACACCAGAGUUAUCAUCCAAGGACCUUCCUGUAUAGGGCAUGUUACUCAUCAAUGUCACUUUGAAUGACUGGCCACGCCUUUAUUUGUUUGAAAAAAGGCAGUGUAUAUUGUGGACAUAAAAAACAUAUAUUCUCGAUUGAGCUAUGAAAGGGAUGCUAAGUACAAAUGCCAUGGGAUCUACCAACGACAGAGAGAGAGAGAUCUCUCCCUUAACACCAAACAAAGAGACCAUUGACUGUACUAAUGAGACUAUUCAGGUUUUUUCUAGCGUUGAUAUGUAACGUCAUAGAUAUUUGUUUAGCUUUGGAAAUGUACAGUUUGAGUUAGCUUAUAUUGCUUAUAUUCAAUCUACUGUAUAAGGAUAUUGUUGUGUAUUUGUGUUUAUGCACUUCAUAUAAUUGUGUUACAUUUACAUAGAUAUCUUUUUUAAUUCUGUGUUGCUGCUAGCAGUGCUUUGAGCAUGUUUGUUAUGUUGUUUUGUAAAGGGAACAGUGGAAGACAUUGGAGGACUAUUUGUUCAGAGCCUCCAACUCUCCUUGAUCAAUUUAUUGAGCAUGGUCGUUCCAUACUAGUCUGCCAACAUUUGCUCAGAGACUGACUAUAACAUAAUGAAAAGAGUGCCCCUCUGUCACCUGUCUCUAUGGCAACAGAGCAGCAAACAGACACAUUGUAAUCCACAACCACUCUGUUCUCUUUACAUAACCUUCUCCUCCCAAAGCCCUUUUAAUUUAUUAAUCACCUGGUUUGAUUUAUUGUUGCAGUUAAGCAGAGUGGAUGUCUUUCAGGCUUAGUUAACUAAGGCUUUUAGAACAGAUGAACAUCUGCAAGAUAGGGAAACAUUGCAGUUCUAUACAACAGGUCAAAAACAGAAUGCAAAAUUAAGUUUUGCCUGAUAAAUUAUAUUGUGUGCUGUAUCAUCUUUACAGACAGUUUUACACCUUUGAUGAGCUGAUAUUUUCUCUGAUACAGGACGAAAUGGAUGAACCAUUGAAAAACCAAACAGGGAUGUAUGUGGUGAACAAGUGAGCUAACAACUAAGAGGUUCUGACACACAGGUACAGUAGGUGACACACUCUUUUGUAUGUUUAUGUACUUCAGUGGUACUGUCAAGUAGACAAAAGAGGAAGUGUAUUUUCAUGUUUUCAAUUCCAGGAGACAAUCUCCCCUGAAUGCUUUCUUUCAUUCCAUACAUCAGGGGGAGAUUUGAAUAGGUAGACUACUGAUUAUUGUAGAUAUAGGUGUGUAGAGAUGUGUUAACAUACAUAUUGACCAAAAACAUUGAAGUAACUUUCUAAGAAAACACAUCACUCAUGAAAUGUUGAAGAUACUGUGUAUCUUUCAUUGUUGAAGUAAUUAGCUAUUUUUAUGAAGAAAAAAAAUUAUUCCCUUCCCUACUUCUCUUUCCUCCAGAAGCUCCAGUCAAUUGGGUAAGAAGACCAUCUGAAAUGGCUUUUAGAAGUAAUACGCAUGGGAGCAAUGACAAUUCUGUACAAAUGGUCCAAUUAUCUCUGAAGUAUCUGAAUGAAGAUCAUGGUGUUGGCUCACUGAUUGUAAUUUCAACCUGCAUUUAUUUUGUCCUAAUGUUAUUUUAUUCCUAAUGUUUUUACCAGUGGAGGCUGCUAAUGGGAGGACGGCUCAUAAUAAUGGCUGGAAUGGAGUCAAUGGAAUGG